GUUACCUUUGUCGUCAGUGCAGAAAAUACAUUUCAAUUUGCUACACAACACGAUCAAACAUUAUUGUUGUUAAGCUUUUAUCAACUUUAAGUAGUGAUUUAUAAAAGAAUCGACUAUUUCAUCAAAGAUUCACGAAAAAUGUUACGUAUGACUCCGGAAACACAACUGAGUAAUAAUAUUGAUUAUAAGCUUCGAAUGCCAUCGCCACCAUUAUCAAAUGAUGAAGAAGAUGAAGAAGUCGAAGUGGAUGAUAGAUUGCAAUCUAUUAAUGCAGUGCAAAUGGAAUCUUCUAUAAACAUCGAUAGUGAACAUGAUGAGGAUGAACUUGACGAUGGUGAUGAUGGUGAUGAUGAUGAUGAAGGUGACGACGACGACGACGACGACGAUCAUGAUAAUGAUGCUGAUUCUGAAAACGCAACUAAUAUUUCUAAAUCUCGUAAAAAUCGGCGUAAAUCAGCUAAACAGAUUGAUAAUAAUAGUGGCCUUCGUAAACCUAAAUGUGCACGUUGUCGUAAUCAUGGAAUGAUUUCCUGGCUCAAAGGUCAUAAACGACAUUGUCAUUUCAAGGAUUGCCGCUGUGCUAAAUGUAAUUUGAUAGCCGAACGACAACGAAUAAUGGCUGCCCAGGUUGCUCUCAAAAGGCGACAAGCAGCCGAAGAUGCAAUAGCUAUCGGAUUACGAGCAAUGGCAACCGGUGCACCGUCCGUCAAUGGCUAUUUACCACAAGGACCAAUAUUUGGUUUAGAAAUAACAGAACCAGAAACGAAAAGAUCUAAAUAUUGUCAAGAUUCAACUCCACCCCCGGAGAAUAAAGAAUCGGAAAUAGCCGCUACUGUUUCGAUUGUCUCAAAACCCUGUGUCGAGAAGAAUAAACAGCCAUCACCAACAAUAACAUCAAAAGGCAAUGGUAAACGGACUGCAAUUAAAGGUCAAUCUGGCAAAUCAGGCUAUGCUCGAUGCUCAAAAUCUGAUUCGAUUAUUGGUCAACAAGAUGAACUAAUGACAACCGGUAUUGUUACACCUGUUAAUCGAGCUAAAUUAUUAGAUGCAAAUCUAGCACUAUUAACCGAUGCUGCUGAGGAUUACCGUUCUGGAAGAGCAUCACCCCUGUCAACAUUGACUCGUCUAUUUCCGGAACAAAAACGUCAAGUCAUUGAACUAGUAUGGCAAGCGACAGAACAAUCAAUGAUUAAAUCGAUAGAACAUUUUUUAUCGAUAGAUGAAGCAGCCGCAUUAAAAAAGAAUUUAAUGCAAAAAGAUCAUAAUCUCAAGAGUUUGUUCUGCAAACAUCAGACCAAACAACAAGCAACAACAACAUCACCAUCACCAUCAAUCACUGAACAAAAACAACAACAACAAAAAUGUAAUCAUCAAUUAUCAUCUCGAAUUACAAUCGGCAGUGGUACAAAUCAGGCAAAUCAUCCCAAUCGACAACAACAACAACAACAAUCAAAUCAAUCAUCCUCUUAUAGUUCAGAUUUAAUAAAUCAUCAAACAAUGUACUCGUCAUUACCUUAUGACUACAAUAAAGCAGCCGCAUUCUACAAUCAUCCAUCAUGGAAUGCUCAUCUUAUACCACCUUCAUCACAAACAAUUUCAACAUCGCCGAUAACUGCAUCAAUUCCAACUCGAACAACAACAACAGCACUGCCAUCAUCAUUGUUGUUAUCAAGUCAUACAACACUUCCAUUACAUGGUCACAAUAAUCAACAUCAUCAUCAACUUCAUUCAUUUCCUUUUAAUCCAAUGUUCAGUAGUCCGUUCCUUCCGUUUCCUAUGAAUACGGCAACUAUUCCAGUCAAUUUGUUACCACCAUUGCCUCAAUCAUUAUCAUCAAUGGAUACGAAUCGCCAUCAGCAUCAUAACGAUUUAUGUUUAAAUUGUGACGAUUCUUCCAAUUCUUCUUCAUCACCAUUAUCGAAAACAGGCAAUAAAAAAUCGCCAACAACCAUAUCAUUUGUACCACCGGUUUUAUCACAAAAUAUGAUUGGGCCAACAACAACUUUAUAUGGCAUAACUCCCAUUGUUACACAAUCUAACUGUAGCAAACUCGGAGCUAGAUAUUCUUCUAGAUCUACAUCGACAUCAGCAAGUAAUGAACGGACAUUUGCUGCGUUUGCUGGUCCAAGUUCAAUGAUCUCUUCUGCUGCUGGUGGUCUAAUGAAUUCUGCAAAUUCAACAUCACCUACCUCAUUGUCUCGAUCAUGUGGACAGUUAUUAACAACAAUGCCAUCAUCGAUUAUGAUGCCAAUGUCACAAACAGCCGGAUCAUUGUUACCGUUGAUGAACGAAUCAUCACAAUCAUCGUCUCCGAUACUAUCGACCAACACGAAUUUACCAGUCAUGAAUCAUUUAUUGUUUGAUCCAUUUCAUCGUCAUUUGAAUAAAACACAACAAUCAAAGAUUAUGAUUGAUACAUUUCGUUCCAAUCGUUCAUCAAACGAAAUUAAUAAUUUAGAUGCUGUUGAUUUGACCACAACAGUUUCAUCAUCACCAUCAACAUAA